GGCGGAGGGAGUCGGCGCAAGAUGGCGGCGGGAGGGGCUCAGGCUGCGGCUCUGGUGGCCGAGUGAGGGGUGGGGGGGCCCGGGGGCGCGCGGCCCGAGACCCCCCCCCAGCCGCCCUCCUUCCCUUGUUCCUGUGGCUGGGGGGGUACUCCCUCCCUCCACACCAUGGAACCAUCUCCUUUGUCUCCAAGUGGGGCAGCACUUCCCCUGCCUCUGUCGCUGGCCCCGCCCCCACUGCCCCUGCCUGCAGCUGCAGUGGUACACGUGUCCUUCCCUGAGGUAACCAGUGCCCUCCUGGAGUCCCUCAAUCAGCAGCGGCUUCAGGGCCAGCUCUGCGACGUGUCCAUCCGAGUGCAGGGCAGGGAGUUCAGGGCUCAUCGUGCUGUCCUGGCUGCCUCCUCCCCUUACUUCCACGACCAGGUCCUACUCAAGGGUAUGACCUCCAUCUCGCUGCCCAGUGUCAUGGACCCAGGCGCCUUCGAGACUGUCCUAGCUUCAGCUUACACUGGUCGCCUCAGCAUGGCCACUGCUGACAUUGUCAACUUCCUCACGGUGGGUUCUGUGCUCCAAAUGUGGCACAUUGUGGACAAAUGCACUGAACUCCUUCGCCAAGGCCGGGCCUCGGCCACCAGCACCACUGCUGCAGCCGCCUCUGUCACUGUCCCUGGUGCUGGGGUCCCAUCAGGAAGUGGGGGUACUGUGGCCUCUGCCACCAUGGGCUCUGUGCGCUCCCAUGCCUCUAGUCGGACCAGUGAGAAUCAAUCACCCAGCAGCAGCAACUACUUCAGCCCCCGGGAGUCCACUGACUUCUCAUCUUCCUCCCAAGAGGUGUUUGCAGGUUCUGCAGUGGGCAGCAGGGAGCGUCGAGGAAGUGGCCCUAUAUUCUCAGCCCCUGUGGUUGGCAGUGGGGGGGCUACCUCUGGGAAGCUGCUGCUGGAGGCAGAUGAGCUGUGCGAUGACAGUGGGGAUGGGAGGGGUGCAGUGGUCCCUGGGGCUGGGCUCCGGAGGCCUACCUAUGCACCCCCUAGCAUCAUGCCACAGAAGCACUGGAUAUAUGUGAAACGGGGUGGAAACUGCCAAGCACCAGUGCCUUUGGUUCCUCAAGACCAAGAUCUGGAAGAUAAUGAGGAGGAGGAAGACCUGGUUUUGACCUGUGAAGAUGAUGAAGACGAAGAGCUAGGGGGUGGCUCUGGGGCUGCAGUGGGGGGAGGACCUGAGGCUACCCUUAGCAUAAGUGAUGUCCGGACCCUGACUGAGCCUCCAGGCAAAGGAGAGGAGCAGGUCAAUUUCUGUGAGUCCUCCAAUGACUUUGGCACCUAUGAGGGUGGGGGUCCUGGGACAGGGCUUGAUGAUUCAGGGGGGCCUACCCCUUCCUCCUAUGCCCCUUCCCACCCACCACAGCCCCUGCUUCCUGUAGACGUGCAGGGCAACCAGAUCCUAGUCUUCCCAUCUUCUUCGUCAUCCUCCUCCUCACAGGCUCCAGGCCAGCCGCCAGGGAAUCAAGCUCAACAUGGGGCUGUGACCCUGUCUGGAACAUCUACAGGGGCCCUGGGUGUCCCAGCUGGCACUGGAGGGACAGGCAGCGGGGAUGGCAAUAAGAUCUUUCUGUGCCACUGUGGGAAGGCCUUCUCCCACAAGAGCAUGCGAGACCGGCAUGUGAACAUGCACCUCAACCUUCGACCCUUUGACUGCCCCGUGUGUAACAAAAAGUUCAAGAUGAAACACCACUUGACUGAGCACAUGAAGACUCACACAGGCCUCAAGCCCUACGAAUGCGGCGUCUGCGCCAAGAAAUUCAUGUGGCGAGACAGCUUCAUGCGCCACCGAGGACAUUGUGAGCGCCGGCACCGCCUAGGUGGCGGUGGGGCUGGACCGGGACCAGGAGGGCCCACAGGGCCAGCUUUCCCACCCAGAAGAGAGUCCCCUGGGGUGGGUGGGGGCAACAGUGAAGAGGUGAGUGGGGCCACGCCUCCAUCCAGCCGUCGUGUCUGGUCCCCACCCAGUGUGCACAAAGUAGAAAUGGGGUACAAUGGGGGCGGAGGAACAAACUGAAGGGGCAAGCUACUGGGAGUGGUUUUCAGGUAAGAGAAAAUAGGGAGCAGGAGCCGGGGUGCUGGGGCUCUCAGGUGAUCUCCCACUCGUUACUGUCUUAUCUCUAUGGACUUGUACAUAUUAUGGAGGGGGAACCACACUGAGCCAUCAACCACCCCAUUACACUCCUCAGUCUCUGCCCCUCAAAGUUUCCUGAUAGGCCCUUCCUUCUCCUCAGAUGUGUACACUGAAGCCCCAGCUCCAGAAUAGGGCGCAUGUAGUGGGGGAGGGAGAGGGCGCCUGUUGAGCAUCUGGAGUCACAGGGUCAAGAGUCAGGUGGUUGUAGUUUGUAUCUGAAGUCUGUGUUUGUGGUGUGGGGGCCAGUCCUUGGAGCCCCAUCCUUGUCCUAGAACCCAGUCCGUUCCCUCCCCCAAUGACGUACCCCUAAUGUCUACCCUAAUCCCUCCUUCCCUUCCUGGGGGUCCCUCAACUCUGUUAUUGGGGAAGGAGGGGAGAGAGGGAGGGAGGAAGUCGUAGGAAUACAAGGUUUUUAUUUUAAAUCCUAUUUUUUUUAAACAGUGAUUAAAAUAUUUAUUGGUCAUUUCACUUGGCUUCCCGACAA